AUGCCCAGUAAGCAUAAGUCUGAGAAAGCUGAUAAUGCGUCUUCGAAUCGCAAGGGAUCUCUGAAAGUCGGAGAUACUUCCGGAAUUAUUAACGAACUGACAAUCCAAGUUGACUAUAGUCUGGACUCCCUCGUCGAGUUCAAUGAGAUAGAUUUUGCAAGCGCCAUCAGAAAAAACGAACUCGCCGUCUGCAUGAGUAAUGAUGAUGUUGCCGAACUUGCCCAAGGAUUUGAUGCGUCCAACGCCAGAGUCAGCACGUUGGUGAUUGCAGCUUCGGACGACUCCAAGAUCGAAGAUGAGGACGGUUCCGUUCUCACGGAGCUGAUGGAAGCCAUCAGCGAGCUCUCCUCGGUCACAACCCUCGUGUUUUACGGACAUGACUUCGAGGUGCUUUCGUUCACCGCGAUGCCCGAGAACGUGCAAGAGCUGGUGUUCGACAAGUGCAAAAUCGGCUCGAUCGAACUGGACGAGAACGACGCGGCGAGCGUGGAGACCCUUGUGUUUGCCAAUCUGACCAGCGGCGGCACGCUGACGAUCCCCGAGAACGCGUUCCAGAACGUGAAGCAGCUGAAGAUCGUGCGCUGCCACGCGGAGAACGUGGAGAUCCAGGACGGCGCGUGCCCGGUGGGCACCAUUCUGGAGAUGAGCAGCUGCCGCCAAUGCGAGACGCUGACGCUGGGCAAGGAUUGCUUCUCGCAGGGAGAGAUGCUGCGCGUGACGCGCGUGCCGAAUCUGUAUCGCAUCGAAGUGGGCGAGAACGCGUUCGAGAACGCCUCGGAAUGGAACUUGUCGGCGUCGCUGCUGAAGAUUCUGGUGCUGCAAGGCAACAAUUUCUGCAAGAUGAAGGAGGUGGAUCUGCAGUUCCCCGAGCUGGUCGAGUUCCGGUGCGGUCCCAAUUGCAUGCAGGAGGCGAAGAGUCUGAUCUGCCAGGAUUUGGGCAAGCUGCAGAAGCUCAUCAUCGACGAGCACUGCUUCGAGCGAUGCAAGAAGCUGUUCUUCAGCGAUACCGACAAUCUGCGUGAAUUGGUCUUCGGACCCUACACGUUCGGAUCGCUCACCGACGAAGAUCUCACGCUCUCGGACUUCCCGCGCUUGGAGCUGCUGGAGUUCGGAAAGAGCUCGAUGGCGAAGCUGGACCGCUUCAUCCUGGUGAAGUGCUCGAAUUUGCGCACGCUCCGAAUCGGCCCGAAGGCUCUCAAGUCCUGCGAGUACUUCGUCCUGCUGGACUACGUGAACCGCGUGCACAUGGAGGAGGACGUGGGCAAGCUGCAGAUCAUCCCCGAGGAGUACCCCAAUCUCCCGCAGGAGGCGGAGAUUCAGUGCCAGGCGAACUCGUUCCGCGUGGAGGGCAGCGAUUGGGCCCGGGUUUGA